AUGUUUCAUAACCUAAGAUCUGAAAUUUCCCGCAAACAAUAUUUAAAGUUUGCUGAAAUCGAUGAUAAUACUAUUGCUUGGGUCAAUUCAAUGGAUCUUAAAGGAGCCAUUUUAAAUGAUAGGAUUAUUACUGAGAAAGCAAAAGCCUUUGCAUUGAAUCUCGGGAUUACUGAAUUCAAAGGAAGCAAAGGGUGGUUAGUUAAAUUUAAAAAGAGGAAUGGUUUGAAAUUACGUAAUAUGCAUGGAGAAUCUGCAACUCGAAAUUUUGACCCUAAUUUAGUAUCAGAUUUCAUUGAAUUAAUCAAAAAUAAAAUCAGUCUUUACGGAGCUCAAAAUGUUUAUAAUGCCGAUGAAACUGGCUUAUUUUACAAAAUGAUACCGUCUAAGAGUGUUUGUAAAACCAUUAAAUCUGGCUAUAAAGCUAAAUUCUUUAAUAUAGAAAAUCUUGAGUAUAUUGAAAACAUUGGAUCUUCAAUGAUCCAAACUCUAAGAAGAAACAAGUCGAAACUUACUGAUUUUUUUGUUUUUAAUUAA